AUGGCUACUUCCGCCAACGGCACCGGCUUCGCCGCCACCGUCGUCACCAUGACAGUGCUGGCCUUCAUCAUCCUCUGCUCCCGUAUCGCCAUUCGAACUCGUGUCGUGAAAAGCUUUGGGCCCGAUGAUUGGUUCGUCAUCGCUGCAAUGAGUUUUACCAUUGUCAUGUCAGUCAUGAUGAUAUUGCAGGUUCACCAUGGUCUCGGCAAGCACGUCUGGCAAGUGUCACUGGCCAACCAGACAGAGGUGUCCAAGUACUUUUACGUGAGCGUCAUCUUCUACAACGGCGCCGUCGGUCUGGUGAAGAUCUCCAUUCUACUGCAGUAUCUGCGCAUCUUUGCCGUCAAGAAGAUGCAGGUGGCUUGCCGCAUAGUAUUGGUCCUCAACACCAUGUUCACCAUCGAGACGGUCAUCAUCAGUGUCUUCGACUGCUCUCCCAUUCCCUUCUUCUGGGAUAAAUCGAUCAGAGGGGGCCACUGUGUCAACUUUGGCGCCAUGUGGUUCUCGCAUGCAUCCACCAACAUUGUAUUCGACAUUGUCCUUGUCGUUCUGCCGAUGCCUGUAAUCAAGAGUCUCAACCUUCCCCUGAAGCAGAAGAUAGCACUCAUGGGCAUCUUCGCACUCGGAACUUUUGCUACCGUUACUUCGAUUCUACGGCUUUCAUCCAUCUACAGCAUCUCGUACUCGCACGACGUCACGUACGACAACGUCGGGGCUGCUCUGUGGUCGACAGUUGAGAUCGACACGGCCAUCAUCUGCGCCUCGCUACCCACUUUCAAAGCCUUCGUCAACCGCAUCUUCCCGCGUCUUCUCGGAUCGACGCGAUCGCAGAGCUCAGCAGCACGGCACCGCAGCCGCACAUGGAACUCCCGGCUUGGACUUGGGGCAACAAAGAACCACCACACGCUUGACAGCAUGAGCGAGCAGGAGCGCGGAGAGUGUGACACGGUGCACCUGGAGCUGGCUCGGCGGGACGGGCAGCUCAAUGCGGUGAGGACGAAUUGUGAGAAGAGCGCCGUGAUGACGGCGGAACCCAGCGACUCAAUCAGGGGAAGCAACGAUGGCAUCAAGGUGGUGACGGUGGUCACGCAACAACGGACGCGGCCAGGGAGCGAUGAGCCGGCGACGCCAAGGCUGCCACCGCCGGAGCCUACAAGAACACCCAGCCUCACGCAGAGCGAGAGGGGCUUUUUCAUGGACGUUGGCCAACAUGAGCGGGCAUAA